ACAUCCUGCACAAUGAUAAAUUUUAUAUCAAGCUUUCCUUAUUGCUGUAUGCAUACAACUGCUUCUAUCUAUAAACCAGUCAGCCUCUGGAUUAGACAGAGAUUUAUUCUUGAAGACAGGCCUACUUGACUAUACUUGUAUACUGUUCUUACAAGAGUGGAUUAGAAGUUCUUUAUUGUCUUUGUCAGGCAAUAGAGUAUCUGGGUUGAAGUCUUGACACACCUUGAGGGUUAUAUCAGGGGUGCCAAGAAGAAGGGCUUGUUAUUUUAUUAAUCUCCUUCCACUUAGCCACUGAUGUCCUUAGGCCUCUAAAACUCCUUGAACUUGAUGUGGGGUCAUAACAUCCAGAUGCCAUCCAAGAGUAAGUUUAUUAGCUUCUUCAACUAGCAAGGCAGUUGCAACUAUUACUCGAAAACAUCCUGGCCACCCUCUGCUACUGGGUCUAUCCGUUUGGAGAGAGAGAUUGCCUGUGUGAGAACAGGCCACAGUUUUUGGGUUAGGACACCCAAAGUGAUUCCUCUUCUUUCCCCUACAUAUAGGAUAAAAGGCUCUUGUAAAUGACAUUGACUGUAGCAACUUCUUAUUAGAUAUGUUGUCUGAGGCAAGGGAAAGAAAAGCAAAAAUAAACUAUUGGGACUUCAUCAAGAUAAAAAGCUUCUGAACAUCCAAGGAAACAAUCAACAAAAUUUAAAGGUAACCUUUAGAAUGGGAGAAAAUAUUUGGAAAUGACAUAUGGGGUAAAGGGUUAUAUCCAAAAUAAGUAAAGAAUUUAUGAAGCAAAACAUCCCCAAACCAAAUAAUCUGUUAAAAAAUGGGCAGAAAGCAUGAGUAGACUUUCUUUCUGAUCCUAUAAAUGACUAUAGGACACAUGAAAAGAUGUUCAACAUCACUCAUCAUUGGGGACUACGAAUCAAAGCUACGAUGAGAUAUCACCUCACACCCUUCAGAAUGGCUAAAAUUCGGAAAGAACACGAGGAGAAGGUGGAGAAAGGGGAAAGGGAAUUUCUAGGGCAGGGGGAUUACUUAAUUUUUCUUUUAGUUCUUUAACAUCCUGGUGGUAACAGUUACCCCAUUCCAAUCCACCCAAAUUGUUCCUCUGAAUGGCUCCAGAAAGAGGUCUGGAUGUGAGGCUAAACCCAGGGAUCCAGAUGCAGUGAUAGCCUACCAUGCCCCAAAUGGGGAUGGUUCUUUGCUCAUGAUGGAGUCUUUCUAAACGAGUCCCUUCGGCUUCCUCACCACUUCAAGAGGAAUUUCUUUUUUUUUUAAUUGUUCCAUAUUUUUUAUGAUGACAAAUCGGGGAAAAGAAGCACAUGCCGAGGCUUAUCUGAAAGGGUUGUGAAAAGGAGGAGUGAGAUUGAUGUGAAUUUCAUUCUGAAUUACCAUAUGAUGCAAAUAUAUUAUUACCAUUUCAUGCGAAUUUUUUGUUUAUAAUGGAGUCCCCUUUGCUAAGCACAUGGUAUAUUCCUCAGACUGCCUGUUCUGGUGAAUACGUAAAUUUUGUUAAAUUUAAAUACGUCUUUUGAUCAUGAAAGGACACCAUGGCCAUCUUCCAGCCAAAUGGAGUAAAUUAUGCUGAAAAUGCUGUGUUUACCAGUACCAUCUGGGGAUGAAAGAAUCCACUUCAUUUUGAGCCACCUGUACUGUUCUGCAAUUGUGGCCAUUUCCAGGGACGAAGGGGGCAAAAACAACAAACAAAACCCAGAAAAAUUUAUCCCCACUCUGCCUGGCCACUUCUUCAAAUUUUGUCUCUCCUCCACCAAAUGCUUGCCUUUGCUUACUCUCUAGUAUCCUCAGCUAGUUUUGAGGCUUUUCUUUUUUUUCAUCCAGUGUUGUUUAUAGAUGCUUCAAAGAUGGCGAAAGGUGGUUAAUACCACCAUACUGAAACUGGAACUCUAAUGACAGUUGAUUUUUUUAAUUAUUUCAAUGCUUAGUUAUGUUUACAUUUUUAAGUUUUUAUUGUAAUUCAAGUUUCCAGUUUACAAUUCAGUGAUUCAACACUUCCAUACAUGUCCCGGUGCUGAAUGACAGUGUAGACUCUAUGGUUUUAUGGAACUUGGAACAACCAUGUCUGUUAUUGAGGAAGCAUUAUCAGUAGAGAGUAACAGCAUUUAAGGUCCAUAACCCAAGUACGUAUAGAGGGAUUUUGAAUAGGCCUUAGAAUCCUUUAUGGCCAUUCUAUUUGGACCACAAACCGAUUGAAUAGAGUGUGAAAAAGAAGACAUAAAACGCUACCCGAAGAGCCAAUCCCAUAACUUAUCUCUCCUUCUGUGGUAUCACUAGCAUGGAAAAGUUUGCAAAUGGUGGCCCUUUGAAGGGAAUAAUGACAGGAAAUGUUGAUUGGUAGUUGGACGUGUAUUAGAUUUGUGUCAAGCAUAUGAUAGUCGGAUUUGGGAAGGCACUUUAUCCUUCAAAGUAUUUGCUACUUACAGAUGUGGAUUUCUUCCCUCCACUUCUUAAUUGUUCACACUACACCUAUUCUCAAUACCAUUUCAUAAGAGACAACACAAAGAUUUAAAGACACUAAGAGUAGUACUAGGGAAAUAGAAGCAACUGAAACCAUGGUAUUAGUAACCUACAGCCUUAAGAGUAUUGCGGAGUGGGACAGCAAACAAAUCCAUCCUUGUUUUUUAAUGUUACUCCAAAGCAUACUUUGAACCCUGCCCAGGAGCACUGAGUGCCAGUGAGCUAGCUGAAUUAUUUGACAUUCACUUUUUUGUGUGGUAAAGUUAUCAAGGCUCUUCACCAGUCUGUUAGAUGAUUUACCAUCAUUACCAGCCUAAUCCCACCUCAUGAUUAAGCUGUUGACUCUGGGAGAUCUGCUAAUUGGUGAAUCAUUAAAUCUCUUCAUAGAAAACACAGUCUUGAGCUAAGUCUUUUUCAACCAGUGGCAGCACGAUUAUUCUUCCCAUUGGCAUUGAUGUCAGAAGUUCAGUCUUCAUUUCAACAAGCUCUUAUUGGCAACAGAAAUAUGGAAGAUACAAACAAAUUUUUAACCAAAUUUAAAGGAUGUUAUUUUGCAAAUACUAAACUUAAUCUUGAAUUUUUAAAAAAUUUAGAUGAUUUUGAAAUCAGAGAUGAUGAUGUCUUCAUAAUCACAUACCCCAAAUCUGGGACUGUCUGGUUUCAGCAGAUAUUGUGCUUGAUUUAUUUUGAAGAACAUCGCAAAGGCAUUGGGAAUCUGGAAACAGUUGAACGCAUCCCCUUCAUUGAGUACGCCUCUCGAGAAGUGGAUUUUGCUGAAAGACCAUCUCCUCGUCUCUUCACUACCCACAUCCCAUACUACUUGGUUCCCAGGGGGCUAAAGAACAAAAAAGCCAAAGUUAUUUACAUAUACAGAAACCCUAAGGAUGUUAUGUGCUCAUAUUUUCACUUUUCAAAGAAACUGACAGCAUCCACUACAGAUAACUUUGUGGAAUUCAUGAAUCUAUUUCUAGAAGGAGAAGUGGCAGGAAGUCUUUGGUUUGACCACAUCAAAGGUUGGUAUGAGCACAAAAACCUGUUCAACAUUCAUUUCUUGAUGUAUGAGGAGAUGAAGAAGGAUCUCAGAGGCUCUGUGUUAAAAAUAUGCAAAUUUUUGGGGAAAGAAUUGAGUGAAGAGGACGUGGAUGCCGUUGUGAGACAGGCCACGUUUGAAAACAUGAAGAAUGACCCACGAGCCAAUUAUGACAAUAAACUCAAGGCCUAUUUUGGGAUACAAAAAAAAGGUCAUUUCCUUCGCAAAGGUACAAUUGGAGACUGGAAAAAUCACAUGACUGCUGAGCAGAAUGAAAAGUUUGACAUGAUUUUCCAAACGAAGAUGAAAGAUAUUCCCUUGAAGUUCAUCUGGGAUAUGAAUGAAGAAUAGAUUUCUUAACAAUGCACAAAUAUUUUUACGAAACUUCUUUCAGAAGGAAAUAUAUUGAAUUGUACACUUUCAUCUUUGAUUGUCACUGGCUUAUUAUUGAAAAAACUCAUUGAGGAAUAAAUAUUAAUAUGCCCACACUACAUCAUUUGCCAUCUGUGGCCUGUUUCAAUUUGCUAGGAGUCCUCACUUUCUGAUCAGAAGAGGUUUCCUCUCUUUGUGUUGCAGUAUAAUCAUGGAAUAGUUUACCUUAAGUUCAGAAGUUCCAAAGCCUUGAACCACAAAGGAGACCAUAACAUGUGAUUGAUUUGACAUCUUAAAAUAGAAGCCUUGUCAUUUAUAAAAAACUACUUAUGGUCUUUUUUCAUAUUUAAGAUUUUAAUUCUUAGGUAAUCAAACGAGUCAGCCUUUCAUUUUAUGGCUUCUAGGAUUUGUGUCCAACUAGGAGUGUUGCUAUCACAAGUAUUUCCAUGUAUUCAUAAGUCAUUUCUUUAUUUAAUCUUAAUAUCUAUCUUUUGUUGUUAGAUACCUGUCAAUUUUUUUUUCCUAACAGAUAGCCAAAUGGCCCAAAAUCAUUUAUUGAAUUCACAUCAUUUUCCUACUGAUUAAAACAGACAUUAUCUUGUUCUACAAUAUUGUAUGUACAUAAAUUUUCUUAUGUAAAAUGACAUAUUUUCUGUCGAUAUAAUUUUCUUUUUUAUAACUAUGCCCUAAUUUCUAACAUAGAUUAAGAAACCAAUAAAUCAUGAUGUAUUGUGUUG